GUAGGUGCAGUGCAAUGAUCUACGUGGAAAAUUCCAAAUGUUAUUUACAAGAAUAAAAUCCGUGAAUUUAUCAUACUGUGCUGAUAUAAUACUGAAGCCAAAGAAAAUCGAUUAGUCACAAUAGAAUGUUCCAGAAUAUUGUACAGUAUGCUGAUGAAAUAUCGAUGUUUAUUUACAGUCUAAAACGACACAGUAACGACAGGACGUGUUUAAUAUUUCUCCAGUACUAUUAGUGCUAUUCUAUUUACUAUACGAAGAUACUGUUUAUUUCAAUGGUGGUGUAUACAAAAUACCGUAAGCUCAUCAACAUGCCGGGACAAGACCAAACAUGUCACGCACGGGAGCCGCAGACUGCUGCAACAUUUACUAAUGACUGUGGCCUGAAUCAGUCCAGGCCUACAUUUGAUACUAACAGGCAUACACAGAAAGAUGAAAUGGAAGAACAAGAACCGAAACAUGGAGGUGCAGCAUCGACAACAAAUGUUUUUGAUCUCGGUCUUGAUUUGUCUCCAUACAUCAAAGAAGAACUGAAAAUAACAAUUCGAAGGAAACGAGCUGAGAAGGGUCUGGAGGAAAUCAAUGUAGACCAAAGUGAAAUCCUCCAUUAUGACCUGUCUGAAGAUGAACUUCAGAAGAAGCAGAGACGUCGUGAAAGGAACAAGUUAGCUGCUGCUAAACUGAGGAACAAAAAGAAAUUAGCUGAAAAUUCGAUGCGAGAGGAGUAUGAAAGGCAGAGCGAACUGAAUAAAAAACUAAUCCACGACUUAGAAAAAAUUGAACAGGAGAAAACCUUGAUCUUGGAGUCACUCAACGAAACACAGUCGAAACAACUGACUGAAAACAAAACAUUACUUUCCGUAUCGUGUUUAGACUUUAAACAAAAUGAGGAGAGCGCAACUGAUCACAGAACAUUAGACGAACUGUAUAAAGACAGCGCUAGUUGUAAUGAUUAUGUAUGACAAAUACUGUAGCGUACUGUGACUAACGGUACGAACACAUAAACCGACAUAAAUGAAAGGUUUUUGAUUUAAGAGGGGCGCUUUUUACUUCGCACCUAUUCUACACGUAGGCCUAGAAUUCGUUGGUUGAGUAUCGGGAUUGGACACAUUUACUGAACCUUAGUUCAGUAAAUUUAAAUAUUAUGGUGUUUUUAUGAAUAUUUGUGUUAUAAAUAUUAUUUGUUAGAUUUGUAUGAAAGAAUAAUGUAGUUUUUUGUUACCCGACAUCGGAUAAACGUUCAAUUAAUUAGAUCAGGUGCAUCUCAUCUUGCGGGAGUAAUAAGUUUGCAGCAGUAGGUAAGGGCUCACCAAUCUCAUUCCAAAUCUUUAGCAUUCUCCCACGAAACAUACCGUACUUGCGGAGGAAUACAGGCGGACACAAUUGGACUCGAACUCACCGCGUUCGGUUGUUGAAUGCUCAUUUCCCGCAGCGAAAACUGUUAUUUAUUAUUGUGAUAUGCUUUUCACCAUCCCACGUUAUGACCUUGAUUGAAAGUAUUUAUAUAAUAUUUAAAAACAUAGACUAAAUGAAACCUAUCAGAUAAUAACUUAUACGCGUAUAUAUUAUAUAGGCUUAAAACAAAUAAUAUAUAAAUUAUACAUAUUUACCUGAUAAUAUAUUAAUACAUAAGGUUACAGCAAUGUAUUAAUGAUUAAAUUUAUUAAUACAGCGGUAGGACAUUAUGAUUGUAAUGUAAGAUGUUUAUGUAUUUUUAAUUAGUUGAAUAUAGUUAAUGUUUCAUACGUUUAAAGUCAUUUUAAGUUACUUUUGAAUAUUACAGUAUCAUAGGGUUACAUUUACACAGGCCUAUCAUUCAUAUAUUUUGUUUACAUUACUUAGGCCCUACUCGGCGAUUUCAAUCAAAUUAAGCUUGAAACAAAAUCUUCACCGACACCACAAAGAGACAAAAACUUUGGUUGGUAUUUUGAUUAUGUAUUCAAUUAAACUCUACAAUAUUUAUUUAGACUAAUUAACCUUUAUUCCUCGCACAGGUCUUUACAUUUGUCUGGGGGCCUAGGCCCUUAUCUAGCCUGGCUAGGCCCAGCCUUACUUGAUGGCUAGAGCCUAAUCCUAGUAGCUACAUGCUUCAUAAGUACAAGGCGAGCAAGCAGGUUUUUCGUUUUCGCCAAAAAGACACUAACCUCUCUGUGUGUAAAAUUCUCAUUUACUUCGUCUUUCGUAUGACAUGCAGCACCAAACUUAAAUUAACCAAUUAAAAAAAAAUAGUUUAAAGAAGGAACUUUUUAUCUUCAUAAUCUUGUUAAUUAAAUUUAAAAAAAAGGAUGCUAAAGCUUUCGAGCCUAGACCUUUGUUAAAAAAAUAUUCACAAGUCGGGUGUCUUGCUGGCGAAAUUUACUGUUGUAGAGUAUAGUAAUCUGCUUCAAACGUUUUUUCUGAAAACGUUGUUUCGUCAAAAUUUAACUUGUCUCUUCGUGGUGUUGGCGACAAACUCUAAGGCAAUGUUAACUGCUAAGCAUAGUAUAUUUUUAAAACAUUUGUUCGAUAAAUAAUAAAUCAGAUUUAUAACAUUCGUUUGUAA